UUCUCAGUCGGAAAAGCUACUAGUUGUGCCAUGUAGCCGUGUUUUCUCGUGCAUAGACUACAUAGGCCAGCCAUCUAGUUGUAUCGUUAAAAAAGUGCGAAGUUAUGAGUUAAACUAAAUGGACUGCCACGCAUAACCUUAAUUUUUUAACCGUAAUUUUGAUUAUGCUUUCGAAUGCUGGCAUUUGUGGACAAUGUAAGACGGGGUCCUUGCCUGCGCUCAGGAAGCGUUACUGGCAGCAUGUGGUAAGAUCCUUCCCCACACAUUUCAAAAUGGCUGCGACCAUAGCGGGCUUAUUGAAACCUUGGACACCUAGGGUUGUGCUGGUGAGAUGGAGCAGGUAUAACCCUUACUACCUAGAGCCUGAACCACGCAAGGAAGCGUAUAGCGUACCUGAGACGGAACUCGCAGAGGAGCAAAUACAGGAACGCGCAUUGAAAGCUGUGAGACCGAUAAAGGCAGCGACAGCCGGGAUCAACUGUUCUGGGUUCAGUGACCCACUCGUAAGUAAAUUUAUCAAUAUGAUGAUGAAAGAUGGGAACAAGAUUCUGGCGAGGAGUAUCAUGACACAGACUCUCGAGAGCAUAAAGAGAAAACAGGUGGAGAAAUUUCACAAAGCCCCUGACACCCAGAAAAUGGAGAUAGAGUGCAACCCCUACACCAUUUUCCACCAGGCCCUCAAGAACUGUAAGCCAGUUGUUGGCUUAACCAGCAUCCAGAGAGGUGGAAAGUCCUACCAGGUGCCCACACCCCUCACCAACAGCCGCAAGCGCUACCUGGCCAUGAAGUGGAUGAUCACAGAGUGUAGGGACAACAAGCACAGGCGCACGCACAUGUACGAGAAGCUCUCCCAGGAGCUGCUGGCCGCCUUCGACAAUGAGGGGAAUGUAGUCAAGAGGAAGAACGACCUGCACAAGAUGGCGGAAGCUAACAGGGCCUUCGCACACUUCCGCUGGUGGUAGCUGUCUGGGAGGAGGAACUCCAGAGCCGUUUUCCAUGCAGUGCACUAAGAUGGCUGCGUCGGAGUCGCACUGUGGGGUGAACCAGGGCAUUGGAGAGAGGAUUUGCUUCAUUUCAUCAAGAUUUUUAUCAUUGCGCACUGUGCCCAGUGCCCACUUCUGGGCAUUAAGCCAUCAUCCAUGUCUGUUUUACAGGCACAAGGCAGUGACAGGAACCCAUUCUAAAGUACCUGAAAUGAACAAAUCCAUAUAAGGAUUAUAGUUAUUGGAAAUGUGGCUAUAUAUAUAUAUAUACACAGGUUGAAUAAAUGUCCAGAGACCCUGCAUUGUCUUGUUUCCUCAAGUUGGGUGCUGAAUG